AUCAUUUUAUAGUUCUGAAAAUCCCUUAAAUGCUAGUGGAUUGUUCAAUUAGUUUCCAUUCUUAAAAGUUCCUUUAAUAGCGUGGGGGAAAAGGGCUUUUUAGUUCUUCUAUGGCGUUGGAACGCCGUUUUUCCACACUCGAAGCAAACCAACUCCAAGAGCACUAGGCUCAAUCCCUGAACUGCUUUACAGUUAAAUCUGGUACCGGGGCUUAGCUGUGACGUGUAGUUUCUUUUCCUUGGUCAUGGAGUUGGUCUCCUGUUUCCAACCAAAUCCAAAGCCCAAAUAACCCAAAAAAAAAAAAAAAAAAACCUGAAAGCAAAAAGCUCAUUCCCAAAAGUGAAAACAUUCUCGGAGUUAGUCUCUUUCAUCUUCUCCACGCGUUUCAGCCCAACUAAACCCCGCCAAUCCCAACUAAAAAAGUAGUUGAAAUUAGGUCCCUUCUCUCUAUUUUAGCCAUCCCUUUAUCAAAAACCCUUUUCAGCCUAUGAAAAAGCUUCCAUUUCCUUAAUCUCUUUCGAAAGGCCAAAAACAAAAAAAUGGUUCUCUCUUUUCUCACAUCCGUGCUUCAUAGACUCACCUUACGGUGGCCCGUGCUACUCUACGCUGCCACCUGGACUGUUCUCCUAACUGCGAUGGUGGCGGUGGCAUCUUUUUCACCUGAAGUUGCCUUUGUCUCUGCCAUAUCUCAGUCAUCUUCGUUUUCGAAGGAGUGCGGGGUAGAAGGGUCCGUUAGGGUUCCGAUGGACGUGCCGGGAGAGAAACUGUGCUUGCCAGCUCACCUCUUCGGUAAGUCCAAAGUUGACUGGAUCGUUCCCCCUGUUUUCGCAGCAGUCAUCGUUACUGGGUCGGCUUGGGUGGUCCGUGGCAUGGGCUUGUGGGAAUUUGACGAGGUCUAUUGACUUUUCUUUACUUUUCUGGUUGAAAUUUAAGUUUCAGUUUAUAUAAUUCUUAGUUAGGUUAACGUAAGGGUUUUUUUCCCCUCACUUAUUUCUACUUAAUGGUAGAAAUAUAGUGUAAUUUAAAUGAACUACUAAUUGGAGUAAUUUCUACAAAUAUUAAACUAUAUCAUCCGUUUAAUUUAAUUUGUUGUGUCAAUCUUUUUUAAUAAUAUGAUUAGUAGUAUUUAAAGUUUUG